GAAAUAAGUACCAAGUUGAAAAUUUGUAAUUGUUAACUUAUUCUGCUAGUAUCAAUAAUCAAGGUCCGUAAAAUAGGGAAAAAAAACCUUCAUAUGUAACGUCUCUAUCCGUCAAUUUCCCAAUAAAGUGUUCGUUACUGAAAAGGAAGUAUAAAAACAAUCGAAGACAGAAUGAAGGUAAGUUAUGCUUUUACUAGAUUUAUAACCAAUAUGCAGAUUAUAGUGUUAUUAUACUAUUAAUUAUUUAAAUAAUUCACAAUGCACUUUAUUUCGUUCAAAAUGCCAAAUGGUCCAAAUUACUUCCAAUUUGACACCGAAUUGGCGUCAAACAUUUCGACGAUAACUACCCAGCUGGUAAUAUAUAAUUCAUUUGAUGAGAUUUUGCUAUUCUGGCACUAAUGCGCCAAUAGUAGUUUUAGGUAUUCACUUAUCCAAAGACAAAAACGUACCAAUCUCGCCAGAGUAUAAACAAGUCCGGCGUCAUGUCAAAUACAGCUGAUCCGAUUUUCGUUAUAUCUCGUUCAUGCUCAAGAGCAGAGCACUUUGGCACGGCGAAUGACGUUUCAUUUGUUUGGCAGGGUUUAACUGUCAAAGCGGAAUUUUGAGAAGGUAAUUAUUUAGGAAAUACUAUAUGUUAUUGUAUGCAAUGUUAUUUAAUGGAAUAUUCUCUUUGUUUCUCAGUGGAUUUGACAUAUCGUCUCGAUAUUUUCAAGCCACAACGCGAAGGCGAUCAAAAACUGGCAACGAUUGUUUUUGGACGUAAACCUCAAACGGCAUAUAAUAUGGAGUUAAAUAGUGGAGGGAUGGGAAGCAGUUUUAACGAAAACAACGAAGCAAAUUACACCGAAUUAGAAGAAUCAGAUUCUUCUGAUGAAAAUGAAGAUUCUGACUCGGACGAUGGAAUUUUCAUUGAAAUUCACCCGAUGCGUGAUCACGUACAACAUGUCACGAAUAUACUUCGCAAUCAUUUGACAGUAACCAACGAAAAUGCUUUAGUCAUAAACAGAGCAAUGCAAGCCAAGCUCCUAAGUUUUCGUGAGAUGCUUACUGACUUGCUGCAAAAGUGUGAGCAGAAAUAUUUGCGAAACCAGGGUACUCUCGAAGAUUCAAGGAAAAAUGCUAUAUAUCCAUAUUAUCGAAAGUGUGGAGCACCAUUUUUUAAGGACCUAGAUAAAUUUCAUGCGCCUGUGAAUAGUGAUUACAAGACUAGAGUCGAAGAGAGAGGUGAAUUGUUUCCCUUAGAUUUGAAAAUGGUUCCCCAACAUCACUGGAGUGUUACUGACAAGUGCAAUUUAGUUCAAGCGGUGAAAACACAGGUUUUGAACUAUUUACACGCUGGGAGGACUGAAAAAAAUGAAUUUAUUCGAGUUACUAAGGAAAAUAUGGAGCAGCAUUCUAGUAGGCUGGCGAAACUCCUUGAAAUUGUAGGUGGUGAUUUCAAAAUUGAUUGGGAGCUAGUAUCGAAAAUGGGUCUCAUGGGAAAACACUCGGAAGCGAACUGUUACGCAAUGUGGCAAGGCUUCUUGAGACCUGAUCUCAAUCGUGGUAAAUGGACAAAACAUGAAAACGAGAAUCUCAUGAGGGUAGCUAAAAAAUACAAUUUCCAAAAUUGGUCCUUGAUUAGUCAAGAAAUUCCUGGAAGAUCUGAAAACCAAUGCUUUGUGCAAUUCCAACACACGGUGAAUUUGAAUUUGAAUAGUUCAAGGAAAUGGACAGCGUAUGAAGAUCGACAACUUUUAAGAGCAGUUAAACUUCAUUCAACGGGCGGAAAUAUAAACUGGAACAAGAUCCGUGGAUACUUUAUCAACAGAGAUAGAAAGUCAAUAUGUAGACGAUAUCUAAAUGUUUUAAAUCCCAACAUCAAAAAAGGUAGUUUCUCCCGUGAAGAAGACUGUGUAUUGUUAGCUGCUGUAGAAGAAUAUGGCGAAAAUUUCGCAUGCAUUCCAAUGUCGCUUUUCCCUAAUCGAAGUAGAAGUCAAGUGAAAAAUCGAUGGCAUAACACCAUUAAAUACCAGAAUGUACAUCAAGCGUGGACAAUUGAGGACGAUGAGAAACUUAUUGAAUAUGUCAAACAGAAUGGCACAGGAAAGUGGGCUGAACUCGCCAAAGUAAUGAAGACACAUACCCGAACCAGUUGCCGAACUCGUUAUAGCGUCAUAGAGAAAUUCUUCGCCAAAAACCCGGUUGCGACGGUGAAAGAUAUUCCACGGAAAAACAGGGGACUUCUCACGGAUGUGAGCAGGGAUAAUUGGGUUGAAAAGAUUUACGAGCUUAAAACUCAGGGGGACACCUAUGCAGAGAAACGAGCUAAGCGCAGAGAAGUGCAACAGAGACGAAAGGAAAAUCGAGCUUGUAAUUAUCGCAAUUUGCUAAGACCAGUUGGCAGACAGUUCUAUGAACUAUUUAAAUAUUCAUAUGAUUACGAUUUCCAAAAGUCUCCAGGAAUUCAAGAUUUUGUCAAGAAGACGAUACCCAUUCUAUUUAAAUGUUAUGAAUUUGAGAUACCGAUUACGAAGUUUGGUAAUUUUCGUAAAUCAUUCACAAGAAAGGAGGCUGAUGUAUUAGUAGCUUCUUGUACCGAACGGAAUAGAAAGCAAUUUCAUGAUACACAAGAAAUCCCCCCAAACUGGGCUGCGCUCUUAGGCCUACGGGCACUUAUAAUUUUAAAAAAUAGUGACAACUAUACAAAGAUUACACAAAAGGUCGCAGCAAAGUCGAGAACACAAACAUCUGCCGAAUGUACUUUCAGGAAACGUUUUCUUAAUACUUUCUUCAACACAACGCUCCUUACAAAGCUGAAUCCAAGUUUACUUGGAAAUGACAAAGGCUUUGUCGUGAGAUAUAUUUCAAAUGAAAGCAAAAGUGACGGCAGUGACCCUUGCAAAAGCGCUACAACCGAUAGUUGUGCAGAAGAAUUGACGUCGCCUAGUGCGAAAAAACCGAAGUUAUAACUAGAACAAAUUUUCAUCGACAAAAUGAACACAAAUAAAUUAAACUAAUUAUUUGAUUUUACGGAUUUUCUUUCCAGCUAGCUAGUAGUAUUGUUAGAAGUUAUAAUUCGGAUAAAUUUUUAUCGAUUUCUAAAGCAAAAUAUACACCAAUAAACUAAAUUAUUUGAUUUAA